AUGACUACACGGUAUCGCGUUGAGUAUGCCCUUAAGACCCACCGCCGAGAUCAGUUCAUAGAAUGGAUCAAGGGCCUGCUGGCCGUGCCCUUUGUGCUGUACUCCCAGCCUCAUGGAUCCUUCGAUCGACAGAACCAGAGCAGUCUAGCUCAGACCCGUGAAGAGGCCCACAGGAGAUACAGCGAGAUUCUUCGCGAUGUUGAAGCCAUGAUCGAUGACCACAUCGCCCACCAAAACGACACCGAGAACCCCUUCCCAUCCAAACUCAAGCUCCUGGUCCCCAGCAUAGGGCCCUUCUUUACACGGCUGCCUCUAGAAGCCGCCUUCAAGUUUCAGGACCGCAAACGGUAUAUCUCGUCCCGCCGCUUCGUCUCUCCGUCCUUCAACGAUGUCCGCCUCAUCCUCAAUUCGGCCCAGAUGAUGGCCGUGACAACAUACGGUACCCUCCAGCUAGCCACCUUUGACGGUGACGUAACCCUCUACGACGACGGACAGAGCCUCGAGCCGACAAGCCCCAUCAUCCCACGGCUGAUCGACCUCCUUCGCAAAAACGUCAAGAUCGGCAUCGUCACCGCCGCAGGCUACACCACCGCAGACAAGUACUACGCCCGCCUACACGGCCUGCUCGACACGUUGGCCAACACGGCCGAGCUGACCCCGUCCCAAAAACAAUCUCUCAUCAUCAUGGGCGGCGAAGCAAACUACCUCUUCGAGUUCUCCCCGUCCUCCCCGCACCUCCUCUCCCCCGUGUCCCGACACAAGUGGCUCACGCCGGAGAUGGCCGCCUGGGACGAGCGCGACAUCACCCAGCUCCUCGACGUCGCCGAGGCGGCGUUGUGCGACUGUAUCAAGACGCUCAACCUGCCCGCGACGCUGAUGCGCAAGGACCGCGCCGUGGGCAUCAUCCCGCAGCCGCCCGAGACGCGCAUUCCGCGCGAGAGCCUCGAGGAAACGGUGCUGGUGGUGCAAAAGAUCCUCGAGCUGAGCGCGGUGGGGCGGCACAAGCGCGUCCCUUUUUGCGCCUUCAACGGCGGGCGGGACGUGUUUGUCGACAUUGGCGAUAAGAGCUGGGGCGUGACGGUGUGCCAGCGGUGGUUUGGCACGUCGGCACCCGGCGGCGCCAUCAAGGGGGACAACACGCUGCACGUCGGCGACCAGUUCCUGAGCGCGGGCGCCAAUGACUUCCGGGCGAGGAGCGUCGGCACGACGGCGUGGAUUGCGAGCCCCGGGGAGACGGUCGAGUUGCUGGAUGAGUUGGCAGAGCUCAUGGAGAAGAAGAUGUCUUGA